AUGUCGGACGUGAGUGUUAUCGGUGCUGUGGUGCGCCAGGCAGCGGAGUCGCUGCAGAAACUCAAAGCGGCGUAUGAUGCCAAAGACGACGAGACGUGUCUCUCACUUCUGGUGGAUAUUAAAAAGAAACUCAUUCUGUUGCCCACCUUUCUCUGCCCAUCGCAGCAAAGCCCUAAUCGUCUGCAGGAACUCAUUCUCACACGUGAGGUGUUGGAGCAUGCCGUGUUGGUGAGCGCACGACUGAAGGACCUUGACAACUUUGAGUUGUACUUCAAUCAACUCAAUGUGUAUUACACAGAUAUUGAUGUAAGCGAAUUGCCAGAGUCUCCCUUGUAUUUAUUGAUUCUUGGACUUAAUUUGGUGCGUCUGCUUGUACGAAGCCGCAUAGCUCAAUUUCACUCUGAAUUGGAAAAGAUACCCAAUCAAAUUCAUGGCACAAAUACUUAUAUUCGAUUCGCUGUUCUUCUUGAACGCUAUUUAAUGGAAGGAAGUUACAACAAAUUACUUAACUCUCGUCAUCAGGCACCAUCUAAUGAGUACAUCCCAGUUGUGGAAAUGUUAGAGAGUACAGUGCGGCAAGAGGUGGCAGAGUGCAUUCCCCGUGCGUACACGACUCUCUCUAUUGAUAAAGCACAAAAGAUAUUGAUGGUGGAUUCUUCCGAAGAUGUGAAGCAACUUGGUCGACGGUUUAAUUGGCAACUGAGUCCUGAUGGUAGUAGUUUUCUCUUCACACGUGAAGAAGAUGUAGCAAAAGCGGAAGUACCGUUCCAAGAUAUGCUAAAGCAUCAUCUUCACUUUGCAGCAGAACUACAACGGAUUGUGUAG